GUGUUUCGGUGCCUAACGUGGACACAUGCUACCGUCAAGUACCACAAUGCGGUGAAAGAUGUGUUCCGGUCCACACUCAAAAUAAAAGGUACAGUUUCCGGCAUCGUCCCUGUGUUCUGACAUAAGGAGCUGACCACUACAAUGAGGACGGAGCCAGGAGGUGGAAGUGGGGAGGGGAGGAGAAGGAGCAAACAUGACCCUCCCCCCCUGUGUUUUAUAGCUCCAUCACAAAGAGGUCAGGGGGAAGCACCUGUCGUCACCGCGGACAGCAGAGAUUGGUCGUACUUCCUUAGAUAAUCCUUCUCAGUUCCUCUGUCUCUGUGUGAUGAAGACUGCCUAGAGACAUGUCUAUAGAUCCCUAUCAGCUCACUGAUCUUUGUAGCCUGAGGUCACUACAAGGGAAGUGGUGCUAUUGUCUAAUGAUCAUCCACAAAGGUUGCUGGUAAAACCUCCCUACAGCACUUCUGCUAAAUAUUUGUGCAUCAGUGCAUGUUGUAAAUUCUCACGUCUCGCAGCUUGUGUCUUAGAUCUACAAAUAAAAACACAAGAAGGUUUAACAUUUUAAAGCAAUUCUAUGUGUGAUCAAGGCAAAAAGCGGCAGUAGAUCAGAUCAUUUUGCUAAACGUAGGACUUUUACAGCGUGGAAAUCCCCAUCCCAAUAGUUUAGUAAGUAACCACCUUUGCUGACAAUUUAAAAUGCUACAUUUAAAAAACAGAGCCAGGUUUUCCCACUCUGUCAUAAUGAGUAACAACACCUGCUGUGUGUGAGUCAUUAUGCUUCAGUGGGCACUUUGUAUCCAGGUGAGCAGUGUAUGAGAGUUCAUCACCCCAGAGGCUAACAUCCAUCACCACUUGUCAUCUCAACUGUCAUGGCAUCAACCAACCAAAUACAGGGAAAUCCCCCCGCUAACAGACCCCAUCCUGACAAAUGAUUAAAAAAAAAAAAGAUGUAUUUCAUUUUUAUUCUUUAGUUGGUAAACUGAGGAAAUAAUAAUGCUCACAUUCAUAAAUCCACACACACCAUCCCAGUCACAAGAGAAUUUAAAUCCUACAUUAUGUAAAGAAAAUAUAGAUAAUAUAUAAAAACAAUGGCAGAAAUAGCAAGAAAGAUGCUAAAAAGUAGAAAUAAUAGAUUAUAGAUAAAUAAUGAUGAUAAAGUUUAAAAGAGAGAAAGUAAGGAUCAAGCUUUGUCUUUGUCUUGUCUUUAUCCCGUGCUGACCACCUGGCACAUAGGCCACCUGCACGCCUAGCUCGUAAACGUCCUGAUGGAUAAAGCAUAAUGUGUAGCACACACACAUACACACACAGCCAUGGGAUUCCUGUACAGUGUCACAAGCUACAGGUGAGCCCAUAAACACAUAUGAGUAUUAGAAUUAAACAGAAGUUCAAGUCAAAUGGCUGCUGACUCAGGCAUUUCAUUUUUAUUCUUAAUUAUCUUAAAAAAUAAAAACAAGUUAAUGGCACAUGUGUGUGAGAUUGAUUAAGAUAUGUUGGGGGGAAUUUGUUUUAUUGAAUUUCACAAUAGAGAGAUACAAAGUAUGGGAGUAAGAAGUAUAUGACUUGCAAUACAGAUUCAGAUAAUCAUGUGGAAUGCAGAUUUGUUGACCACGCUACGAGGAGAUGCCAUCCAAGUUUUUGCCCAUUAAUAUGAUUUAACAGUUACUGAUUCUUCUCUGAUUUGGUUUUGACUUUCAUUCAUGUAAUAACAGAGUGGGGGGGAGGGGGAGGGGGGAUCAUAUGUGCCUUGUUUUACUUGAUUUUUUAUGUGCUACUGCCCUCUGUAGGUAGGAGAAGUGACAUACAGCUAAAAGAUAAUAUACGGACCAAUGACCUCUCAUGAAAUUUAGGUUAACCUGACUUCUAAACAAAACCACAAUUUAGGACUUAAUGUAUAAAGAAUGUAUAUGCAGUAUCCAGCCAGUCUUUAUCAAUGAUUUAAUGUGAGUCCAUGUUUACUUUAGGUUCAGUGGCACAGAGGAGUUACAGAAGGUAUUUUUAGCUUUCUGUCUGUUUCUGCUUCCUCUUUUUACCUCACAAUGUAAUUUACAUGUUUGUCUGUUUUUUUUUUUUCAACUUCCCGCAAAGCGUUAUAAUUUCAACAGCUUUCCUCACUGCUGUCACAUUAGCUGUGCUCUCUAUUCAGACUUUCUACACGGACUCAGAAACAUACAGAGGAUGAAGUGGUGGUUCCUCUGCUGGCUGAUCCUGUCUUUGGUGUCUCAGACCCUUGAAAAUAAUCAAGAGCUUUGUUCUACGAUAUUUGAGAACUGCAAUUGUGAACGCCCAAGUGUUCAAGAUACUGAGUCUUGCAUGAGAGAUGCAACGGACAUUUUGGAACAAGGGGACGUCAACAAAAGUAUCGAAGCCAUGGAAUCGUUCGAAAAGGUUAUAGAGAAAACAGAGUUGCAUGAGACUACAUCCAUAUCCGUCAAUCUUUUUACAGCUGUCCUCUACAAACCCACAGACAGGUUCAACGGUCUCAACAUUUAUGCCAAUGAGACUAAGGCACUGACAGAGACGGCUGUCACCAACAGCACAGUGAGUGUUCAGCUGCCGAGUGAGUUGGACAUUAAAUCACGCAACACGGUUGUGUUCUGCAUGAUUACCUGCCAUGAAAAAAUGGGGGGCAAAAAGGGUAAGCUGUAUGAGGGGAGACUGGUUGGCCUGAGUGUGCGGGAGAAGAAUAUUUCGGGACUACACGAGCGUGUCAACAUCACCAUGAAUCUUACUGCGGGUGUAAACGAGACUGAAAAACCCAUUUGUAUGUUCCUUAAUUUUUCAACAAAGGACUACAGCGACUCUGGCUGCCGAACACUGUGGGAACGUGGUCAGAGUCACAUCACCUGCUCCUGUAACCACCUCACAUACUUUGCCGUGCUCCUGGUUUCAGCUUCCACCUCACCUGCAGACAAGAAGGCCCUGGGCUACAUCACUCUAAUUGGUUGCAGCAUUUCGCUCGUUGCCCUCGUCAUCACCGUUGUGCUCUUCUUCUCAAAAAGAAAGGCCCGUUCAGAUGUCUCUAUGAAGGUCCACAUCAACCUCGCCAUUGCCCUGAUCCUCCUCAACCUGCACUUCCUCCCCAGUAAAACAGUGGCAGCACUGUCUUCCAGUGGGUUUUGUCUUUACAUGGCACUUUGCCUUCACUACUCCUUGUUGGCCACCUUCAGCUGGAUGGCUGUGGAGGGCUUCCACCUCUACCUUCUCUUAGUCAGAGUCUUCAACAUCUACGUACGGAAAUAUCUGCUCAAACUCAGCUUGGUGGGCUGGGGUAUUCCUGCAGUCAUUGUGGCCCUGGUGGUCAUCAUAGACAGAGACGCUUAUGGCCGUGUUCCUCUCGACUUCUCUGACCCCAACAGCACCAAAAUAUGCUAUAUAGGCAAUACCACAGUGAAGAUGGUAACUACAGUGGGGGUGUACAGCUUGGUGUUUGUCUUUAACCUGAUAAUGUUAGUGGUGACAGUCAGACGUGUUGUCAGUCUUCGCCAUCACAAAGAGUUUGGGCAGAUUCAACGUGACAGAGCCAAGCGAGACAUCUGCACCCUGCUGGGAGUCUCCGUUCUGCUUGGCAUCACCUGGGGUCUGAUCUUUUUCUCAUUCGGCGACCUUACCACUCCUGGCCUCUACGCCUUCUCCAUCCUGAACUCACUGCAAGGUUUCUUCAUCUUCCUGUGGUUCGUGAUGUCUUUGAGAAAGACUGAAUACCCAGCUUCUAAAACAAGCAGUGAAACACGUAACACCAACAGCUAAGCCUAACACACUAAGAUAUUUGGUGUGCACAUGUGUGUGUGUGUCGGAGGGAUUCAUACUGGAAUUAUGUCACGUUUGGUGUUAUUAUUCACAAUUACGAUAGCGAUGUAAAACACGCAGCAGGUAGUAAUGUAAUGUCACUCUAACAUUAAAAGUUAACAUUUUUAGUUAUUUUGUUAAAGUUUUGUCAUUACUAUCAUAUCACACAUCACAUCUAUGGGAAAUUCUUUUACUUCAACCAGCAUGCAAACUCCUGACAGCAAAGCAAGAACUGAGCAACAGUCAUUAUGGACAAAUACAAUAUGCAUGAUUGUAACCCUAGUUGUUGGAGUAUGUGAGGAGCUCUCUAUGAGGGAUAUACAAGCAUAUACUCUCAGACCCUCAGGGAUGGAGUGUGAAAUAGGUUAUCUAACUCUUCUAGGGAGAAGGUUGAAGCCUAUCUCAGCAUGAGGUGGAUGAAAGUAUAUAUGCAAACUCAAGUGUGUGAGACUAACAAGAUAGUGAUCAAACUUAAAGUGUCUCAAUAUUUGCAAGAUUUGAAAAAAGUUACUUUAAAAUUUAAAAUUUUUAUAAAUACUGAUUUGUGAAACUUUUUUCCCUAAGUGAUCUAUUUUGUAAUAUCUCAAAUAAAAUUUCUACCAUGUA